UUUCAAACAACAUGGAUACGUAGUUGGUGAAAAGACGAACCACCUGCUUCAAAAACCUUUGUUUUGCACGCAAGAGGAGCUAGGUUUUGUGAGUUAAGGCUUUGUUUUAUCUUGAGAACUGAGAACUGAUACAAAAUGAAGUCAGACGUGGAGGAUUUAAUGCCAAGGCUGCUGCCCGUUGAUUUUGGAAGCGAUACAGAGAAGCUGGACCUGAACGGACCACCAAGAAACCCACAGGAAUACCUUCGACAAGUACAGCUGGAAGCAUCACUUUGUCCAGAAGUGGUGGUUGCACAGAUUGACCCCAAGAAACUGAAGAAGAAGCAAACAGUGAAUGCCUCUGUGGCAGGCUGCCAUGUGGCUCCAGUGGGAUUCUGCCCCAGUCUCAGUUGGCAGCAGCAGCAAGUCAGUAAUUUCUCAGAUGUCAGACAGAGCAUCACAAAGAACAGGAAACACUGGAGCAGCCAGACUCUGGAUGACAAUGUGCUGAUGCCAAAGCUAACAGAUGAGGACGGCUGGAAAAGAUUUUGUUUGGGAGAGACGGUCUAUCAGGGUGCUUUGUCCUGCCAGGUAAAUCCUGAAGCAGAACCAGCGUUGGACUACAGCAAGAUUGGCUUCCCUCCCUUCCUCAGCAUUGUCAGCAGACUGAACCAGUCCACAGUGCUGAUGGUGUUGGAAAUUCUCAUCAGUUGGUUUGAGGAUCAUGAGUUUGCACCACAGUUGGGAUGCUGGCUGUAUGCUCUGUUAGCUUGUAUGGAAAAGCCUCUGCUGCCUGAAGCUCAUUCCUCCAUCAGACAGCUGGCCAGGAGAUGUGCUCAGCUCCGCAGCACACUGGAAAGCCAGGAAGAUGAGAGAUUGCCUCCCCUCAACCUGCUCAUCUGUCUUGUUGCCAGAUACUUUGAGCAGAAUGACCUGGCAGAUCAGCCAGAGAGAACACAGGUUUGAGCUGCAGUAACUUCCAUCAACAUAAUACGUGGGGGAAAUGUGUCCCAAGUUUAAAUGCAGGGUCCAUGCAGAAGACUUUGCUGUUGAGUGACAAGAGAGUUGCAAAAACUCUUUGUGAACCAUGUGGAGAGAACUGGACAUCUCCAAGGAACAACACCACCACUAAGACGACUAUGUUUGAUCUGCCCAAAAUGCAAUGAAAAUGAGGUCAAAACUAUGUGGAAAGGAUCAUGAGCACGUGACCUCUCACCUUGUACCUUCAUACGUUUAACCCUGAUGAUACAAGACAGCAGCCAAAGCAGUGUAAUAAUGAUUUCAACUGGAAAGGUUGUUUUGGUUCUGAGGGAUCUUUUGUUUCGAUCCAUCAAAUGGUUUGUCUA